ACGAUACAGAAGCACUUUCAAGUUAUUCACGAACCGUCAAAGGUCGCAGCAAAAUGGCUUCAUCUUCAGCUGUCGGAAAGCUUUCCCGUGAGGAGUUUCGACGCCAAAAGGACCUCGACGCUGCCAGAAAAGCUGGAACUGCUCCUGCAGCUCUAGACGAGGAGGGACGGCCUAUCAACCCUCACAUUCCUCAAUACAUCUCGCAAGCUCCGUGGUAUCUUGACACCGGCGCACCGUCACUAAGCCAUCAACGUCGGCCAUUCGACGAUCGCUCCGCAGACAAACUCGACAACUGGUAUGACCGUGGUGCGAAGGCAGGACCUGCUGCAAAGAAGUACCGAAAAGGCGCAUGCGAAAAUUGCGGCGCAAUGACCCACAAGAAGCAGGACUGUCUCGAGCGUCCUCGCAAGAAGGGGGCAAAGUUCACGAACAAGAAUAUUCAGGCGGACGAGAUCAUACAUGACGUAGCGACGGGAUUUGAUGCGAAGAGGGAUAGGUGGAACGGGUAUGAUCCUGCAGAGCACAAGAAAAUCUAUGAGGAGUACGAAGCUGUCGAGGCAGCACGUCAGAAACUGAGGGAGGAAGAGAUUGACAACCAAACAACAACAGAUUUGGCUGCGGUACGGAAGCUGGCGAAAGCUGGAAAGAAGGAGGGAAAGGAAGCUGAUCCUGACUUUGGUUCGAGCGAUGAGGAAGACGCCGACGACGACAAAUAUGCAGAUGCUGCAGAUGCUGUAGGACAAAAACUCGACACGAAGACUCGCAUUACAGUUCGGAAUCUGCGCAUCCGAGAAGAUACCGCUAAAUAUCUCAUAAACUUGGACCCAGAGAGUGCAUACUACGAUCCAAAAACUCGCUCAAUGCGUGACGCUCCCAUGAAGAAUGUACCUGCAGAGGAGGCGAAAUUUGCUGGGGAUAAUUUCUUUCGGUUCUCUGGCGAGGCUCCUGAAGUUCAAGAACUGCAGCUUUUCGCAUGGCAAGCGGCAGCUCGAGGGAAUGAUGUUCAUCUCAACGCCAAUCCCACUCAAGGUCAACUUCUUCAUCACGAAUUCAAGGAGAAGAAAGAGAUGAUGAAGGACGUCAACAAAGUCAGCAUUCUGGCAAAGUAUGGUGGCGAGGAGUACCUCGAACAUGUGCCAAGGGAGCUCAUAAAUGGGCAAACGGAAAAUUACGUCGAAUAUUCGCGGACUGGCCACGUUAUUAAAGGGAAAGAACGUGCUAAAACGCGGUCAAAGUAUCCAGAAGAUGUUUACGUUAAUAAUCAUACGUAUGUAUGGGGCUCGUGGUACGACCUUUCAAGCAGUACCUGGGGCUAUGCAUGCUGUCAUUCGACCAUCCACAUCUCAUAUUGCGCUGAGCCCUCUGCCCAGGACAACGAGGUGAGAGCCCGAAUAGACCAAAAUUACUCGAAGAAGCGAGUAGGCGAAGGGGACGUCUCUCUCGAUAAGGAUCGGUUAGCGGAGGCCAUCAGUGAGGAGAAGAAGCGGAAAGUCAGGGGAGACAAGGAUGAUGAUCGAUCUAGCAAGAAGAUAAAAGGCUUGCAGAGCGGUAGCCACGAUGUUACUGAGGAGGAGCUCGAGGCUUAUCGAAUGACGCGCCGGAACGCUGAAGAUCCCAUGGCAAACUACGUGGACAGCGAAGAUGUAUAUACGCGAUAAUGUAUUUUACCUUGCUUUCUCCUUGCUUUCUCCUAUUCUUUAUAGCAUAUUCUUUGGAGUUUUGUAUUUGUCGAACGACGUUUGGGUCUAUGUAUUUCACACGAAGUCGAACAAUAAGCCAAUACUAAAGCUGUCGGGACGCCGUCAU